GUCAAUGCCAAACUGUACAGAAAGCAAAAUGCGUGGACAUUGCCUUAAGUUCUUGUACUGAUGUUGCCUAUACUCAAACAAUGUAUCCUAAUUUUCUGGAUCAGAAGUCUCGAGAAGUGAUUGAGUACAGCUCUGAGUACAUCCUCAUCAGUGUGCUGCACAACUUGCUCCAGGGAGAAUGCAAUCCAGACCUGAGGCUCCUGGGUUGCUCGGUGCUGGCACCACAGUGUGAAAAGGACAAAGUUAUAAAGCCCUGCAGGCAUGUCUGUGACAACCUGAAAAAAAAUUGCCUCCCUGCCUUUGAUGCAAUAGACAUGGCUUGGCCCUACUUCUUAGACUGCGACCGCUUUUUUGCUGGGGAAGAAGAGGGAUGUUUUGACCCGCUGGCAAAGCUGCGAGGAGAAGUAGAUGUUGAGGAAGAUUUGACUUCAGACUUGCCGGCAACUUUUAUUCAGUUCAAACACCAUUCAUAUUCCCAAAUGGUGAGCACGUUGAAGAAGACUGCUUCUAAGUGCUCCCAUAUUGCAACAACUUACAGCAUAGGUCGCAGUUUUGAUGGGAAGGAUCUUUUUGUGAUUGAGUUUUCAACCAAGCCUGGACACCAUGAACUGCUCAAGCCAGAAUUUAAGUACAUUGGCAAUAUGCAUGGAAACGAAGUUGUGGGGAAAGAACUGCUAAUAUACCUUGCACAGUAUCUGUGCUCAGAGUAUCUUCUGGGUAAUCCUCGCAUCCAGACCUUGAUUAAUAACACCAGAAUUCAUCUCCUACCUUCACUCAACCCUGAUGGCUAUGAACUGGCUGCAGAAGAGGGAGCUGGUUACAAUGGAUGGGUCAUCGGACGACAGACAGCUCAGAACUUGGACCUGAACAGAAAUUUCCCUGAUUUGACAUCUGAGGCUUACAGAAGAGCUGGGAUUCGUGGGGCUCGCCUUGACCACAUCCCCAUUCCACAAUCCUACUGGUGGGGUAAGGUGGCUCCUGAGACGAAAGCGGUCAUGAAGUGGUUGAGGUCUAUCCCGUUUGUGCUCUCUGCCAGUCUCCAUGGGGGUGAACUGGUUGUGACCUAUCCUUAUGACUAUUCAAGGCAUCCUAUGGAAGAAAAAAUGUUCUCCCCUACACCUGAUGAGAAG